GAGACAAUAAACGUCUACCACGUCAAAACUGUCAUCCCUCUUCUAUAUCAAUAAAACAGCUAAAAAAAGUGAUUAAUUUCGGUAGUUUAAAGAAAAUUUUCCGGUAUUAGUAUAUGAAACUUAAUCGACAGUUCUUAUAAAAUGGGUGGCCUGUUUAGCUAUUUUCGUGGACUGUUAGGAUCCCGGGAAAUGCGUAUACUGAUUUUAGGAUUAGACGGAGCCGGCAAAACAACAAUUCUAUAUCGGUUACAAGUCGGUGAAGUUGUGACAACAAUUCCGACGAUCGGAUUCAAUGUCGAACAGGUGACGUACAAAAAUCUUAAAUUUCAAGUCUGGGACUUGGGAGGACAGACAUCUAUAAGACCUUAUUGGCGAUGCUACUAUAGUAAUACGGACGCGAUCAUAUAUGUCGUGGACUCGGUGGAUCGAGACAGAAUAGGAAUAUCGAAAGAUGAGCUGCUGUACAUGCUAAGGGAAGAUGAACUGAACGACGCGAUUUUAGUGGUCUUAGCAAACAAACAAGACAUGGAAGGUUGUAUGAGUGUCGCCGAAGUACAUCAAGCCCUUGGACUGGAAGCAUUAAAAAACAGAACUUUCCAAAUAUUUAAAACAUCGGCCACAAAAGGUGAAGGCCUGGACCAAGCAAUGGACUGGCUAUCGAACGCACUGCAGACACGCAAAUAGCAUUUUCAUACUUAGUUAAGGAAAGAUUAUAGAAAAAAAAAAUCGGUUGAAAAAACAUUUCUUUUUUUUUCUACGAAUUGUGUGGCUUUACGUUCGGACCGUUUGUAUUGCAUUGGAACGCAACCCAAAAGAAAAUAAUUUAUAAAUUUUUCAUUUUUAUGUAAAUUUGUCAAAUAAAUUAACUAUUAUAUUUAACACACCACACAUAACCGGUA